AGAAGCAUCGUGGCGUGGUUGUCAUCGAGUUUCAAUUUUUUUUUAUUGUGCUUCUUGAACAAUAAGUGGCAUAAUCAGUGAAUAGUUUGAAGCUGUGGCAUCAAUCAUCAAGCAGCGUGCAAUAUGAUACUGCGCCAUUCAUCUACCUUUUCCACAGUUUCAUCGAAGAAUUUCUUAAGGUCCAAGGUUAUGGCCACGUAUCGUCGUGGCGAUGUCUAAAAGCUCGGGCCAGGGAAGCAUGCGAAGAAAAUCUAGCGAAGAAGAGUUUUCACGACGCGGCAGGGCCGGGUUCCCGAGGGUGUGCGACAGGAGGACACCCCAUUGCAAAUUGCGAGGUGCAGUUAGGCGAAGUGUUUAAGAGCUUGCACGAUGGAAGACGUGCCGGUGUACAGGCGACAAGUGGACGCAGUCUCUAAAUUGUCGUCAAGAAGUUAAUCGCAGUCAUGUCGAACGAGACUAAUGCCACGAACGAUUUUCUCGAUUACGAUAUCAACGAGUCGUUCAGCCAUUUCGACUGGGCGGAACUGGCACCCGUCCUCGUCGUCUACUCUCUUACAUUUUUCCUUGGAUUAAUCGGAAACGUCGUCAUCAUCGGUUCGACGUUGUGCCCGAGACUGAGACCUCUACCAGCUACGCCGACCAACGUCUUCCUGGGUGGCUUGGCUACGGCUGACCUUCUUCUCAUACUCUUCUGCAUUCCUGUAAAGGUGGCCAAGCUGUUCUCUUACACUUGGACUAUGGGCCUGUUUCUAUGCAAGUCGGUGCACUAUAUGCAGAGCGUCUCGGCUAUUUGCUCGGUCGUCACGUUAACCGCAAUGUCGAUCGAAAGGUAUUACGCUAUCGUCCAUCCGAUGCGGGCGCAGUACACGUGCACCAUAAGCCAGGCUCGCAAAAUAGUAAUUACUACUUGGGUGGCGUCCUUCCUUCUUGGUAUCCCCAUGAUCUUCACGCAGACGCACAAGGAAGUUGGAAUGAGGGUAAUUGCUUACUGGUGCGUGCGUGAUUCAGAAGCUGGACUUUUAUGGCGUGCACACGAGGUUUAUAUGCUGGUUCUGGUCCUGGUGUUACCCCUAACCGUGAUGGCGUAUUGUUACACGGCCAUUUGUUGGGAGAUUUGGCGAGUCAUGAAACGUCGAUACCACAUGACGUCUCGACGCACGGUGACUCCGACGAACGUGGACGCGGAAUCCAUACCUAUGACGCAGAGGCACAGUGUGCGGAAUAAUCGUCGAGCUCAUCGAGAAGAUGGCCAAACGGAAGAGGAGUCCCGAACGAUAAGACAGGUGGUGAAGAUGCUGGUGGCAGUCGUGGUGCUAUUUGUCAUCUGCUGGGCUCCCAUUCUGGUUGACAACAUGCUCACAGCUUAUGGGAUCCUGCCACGGGUGAAGGCUGACACUCACAAGCACCUCAACACGGUCUUUCAGCUGAUGGCUUACUUCAACAGCUGCAUAAAUCCGAUCAUCUACGGAUUCAUGUCAAAGCACUUCAGGGAGAGCUUCCUGUCUGCAGCCUGCGGUGGCUGGUGGAUUUGCUGUCCAAGAAGGGGUUACAGGACGCCGGUGAAAAGGCACCCUAGCCUCAGCCAGACCAGGACGACCAGUAUCAGGUGGACACGAAACUCCCUUCGGGAGUCGAAGUGUCGCAACUCGAGCGACAUCCAUCUCGUAGUUCACCCAGCACGUCCACGGACAUCAGAAAUAUCGUGUAAGCUCGAUGAAACUCCGGCUAGAAGCACGAUUUCCUCUAGCAUGCGCUUCUUUCCAGCUGACCAACGCAGAGAUCGCCGGCCAUUUUGUCUCCUAUACUUGGUCACAAAAUUAACUGUCUCGCGACCUGUGUAACACGAUCGAAUGUAAUUUCAAUCAGAAAUGAGAUCCCAGUGUCUUAUAUUCCAUCCUCUGAAGAUUCUAUGCAUGACACCAGGAUUAUCCUAAAUUACUUUGAGAUUAACUCCAAAUUAGAUAAGAUUUAAUUCCUCCCCGAGUCUUCGUUGGAAGUAUCCAGUAUCCGUCUUUGAUCUCCUAGAAUCUUCUCAAGAUUCACAAAGGUAGUCAAUUAGAUCUUCAUUUCCUAUCCCAAAGUCAAUUAGAAUUGUUUCGAAAUUAAUUCAAAGUCGAAUCAAAUUUAAUUCCUCUGCAAGUCUGCAUCGAAAAUGUCCAGACUCCAUCUUCGAUGUCCACGAAUCUCCAUAAUGUCUACAAAGACAGCCAAUCAAAUCUUCAUAUUUAUCAGCAUAUUCACUCCAAAUCCUGUCAAAAGUACUUCGAAAUUAAUUCCAAGUGGACUCCAAUUUCACCCCUUUCCAAGACUCCGUCGAAAGCAUCCAGGAUCCAUCUUUGAUGUCCACGUUUCUCAAGGGCCACAGGAGAUCUUUCGAUUGCUCGAUAUCGAUCUCGAGAGUUGGCAUUACGUCCAUCGUCGAAAUUCCUCGAGUAACGAACCGUUCCCUCUAAUACUCGCCCCUUU